UAUCUGCAACACAGUUAUGUUCAAUUAUUACAGGAAGUAGCCGGUCGUCCUCCCUACGAUCACCCUCUCCAUGAACGGAUAAACCAAGAGAUUUUGUCUGUGGAGUUUGAGAACCCAGAUCAGUGACCGACAACUACGAGAUCGAGUUUAGUUUGUUCGUGCAAGAAAAAUCAAAAGAUUUAAAAGUUCGUGAAGUUACUUACUGUGCAUCCCAUACCGAAAAUCUCAGUCUGUCGAACGUAUCACCGCCACCUCCUUCACCCCCUCUCUCUCUUUCUCUGCCAUGUUUUCAGCUGCUGAAGAAAAAAUAUCAUGAUAACCUUUCAUUUCAUCCUUCUCAAUAAUCAUCACCUAUCUCUUUCACUCUCUUUACAUCACACAAUCCAAAGUUCCCAAUUCUAAAAUUUCAAGCAUAUAUCCCUUCUCCUCCUGUUUCUUUUUCUAAUCUUUUGUUGCGCAGUUCACUUUUUUGACUGGUUUUCAUUUUUCUUCUUUAAAUUCAGUCUCUCUUUCUCUCUAGAGUUUUUUUUUUGAGUGGCUAUGGCGGAGGGUUUUGAACCCUACCAUGUCCCACAGCAAAGCAGAAGAGAUAAGCUAAGAGUUGUGGCUCAAAACCACCCGGCAUGGGUUGAAUCAACGGCUGUUGCUCUUUCAGGUUGCUCGGGUUUUCUUCCUUUGUACGACCCUUCUCUUCUUUCUUCUGAUUUGUUGACUGCCACUGCUGGUGGUAGCCAUGGCUUCCACCACCACCAAACUGGUAAAAACAGUCCCAUUUGUGUUGUUAAAGAAGAAGGUAUGAAUUUCAUGGGCUUUGUUGGUGGGAUCGUCAACGGUUCUUCUUCUUCUUCCUCGACUUCUUAUCACCCUUAUUUGAAUUCAGCGUCAUCUUUACCCUUGAACCCUAGCACGAUCCAAGACAUGAAUAAUAAUAACAACCCGUUUCUUUAUGCCCCUCAAAGCCUUGAAAACCUAAGAGACUUCAACCAGUCGUCCUAUAAUAACAGUACCGAGGUCGUUGUAUAUAAACCCGAGGCUAGUGCCACCGGUCAAGGCUUGUCUCUUUCUCUAUCUUCUCAUAAUACCCACCAAAACAAUCUUUCUAUGGCGCUAAAUCUACAAAGGUACGACUCUGCUAUCUACAGCGACAAAGUUACUCCCACUGGAUAUGUCGCUUCUACGUCCAAUGAGGUUUCCCGGAGCUCGGUCCCUCUCGGUCCUUUCACUGGCUACGCUUCGAUUCUGAAGGGAUCAAAGUUUCUGUGGCCGGCACAACAGUUGCUAGAAGAGCUUUGCGAUGUGGGUACGGGAAGUUACGUUGAGAAAAUCACUCCCGACUCGUCUAUGAUGGAGUCUCCAUCGCAGAACUUAAGUGCUACUGCAAUUAUAGAUGAUUCUGAGAAUUCAGGAAAGAAAUCAAGGCUAUUUUCAUUGCUUGACGAGGCAUUCAGGAGGUACAAGCAAUACUAUCAACAGAUGCAAGCUGUAGUUGCAUCUUUCGAAUGUGUUGCUGGACUGAGCAAUGCGGCUCCAUACGCAGACUUGGCGUUGAAAGCAUUGUCCAAACAUUUCAGUUUCUUGAAGACUGCAAUAACGGACCAGCUUCAGUUCACUAACAAUGCUCAUGGUCAGAUAAGCCCCGGAAAAGAUGAGGGUCUGAGGUCUGGAAGCUCCAAUAGAAGCAAUUAUAAUCGAUCAGUUCAUAACUCUGGCUUCCCUGAGCAUCAACCAGCUUGGCGGCCUCAACGAGGCCUUCCUGAGCGUGCUGUAACUGUACUUAGAGCAUGGCUUUUUGAACACUUUCUACAUCCCUAUCCAACAGAUACGGACAAACUAAUGUUGGCAAAACAAACCGGUCUAUCACGUAGUCAGGUCUCAAAUUGGUUUAUAAAUGCAAGAGUAAGGCUGUGGAAGCCAAUGGUGGAAGAAAUACACGUGCUGGAAACAAAACAAGCACAAAAGGCAUCCCAAAAGGACCGGAACUUGAACAAGUCGAGCGAUCAUUUGUCUUCGGCGAACACUCUUGGAUCCGAACAUCCAGCUACAUCAAGCCAAAGGGCUCAAGAUACCCCAUUGAAGCAAAUGAGAAGUGAACUGACCGACAUACCCAUGGGAAGCGAACCACUCAACUUGCCAUACAACAGCUUGUCGAGCCAUCCACAAGUUGGUGUCGGUGUUAGCAUGGCAGGUGGAAGUACUUCCGGUGUUUCCUUGACACUGGGUCUUCAUCAGAGUAAUGGUAUCGGCUUACCAGAGCCCUUUACUAUAAAUGCAGCUCAGCGUUUCGGAAUUGGGGUUGAGGUAAACAAUGAAGGGUAUGUCAUCGGUGGGUAUGAAGCACAAAACCGACAUUUCGGACGGGACGUGAUCGGAGGACAGCUUUUGCAUGAUUUUGUAGGUUGAAAGAAGAUGGGGUAGAAGCUUCGAGGGCCAUAUUAUUUAAAUCUGAUAGUGUAUUUCACGUAGAUGAAGCCAAUAUAUGUUAUGAGAAUGCAAGAUGGAACAAAAGAGCAGUCAGAAUGACUUCCCACGAGCCAUUUUCUUAUAGAAAUGUCUACCAAGAAAGUAUUGGCGUAGAAUUCUCGUGUAAAUUUAGAAUUUUACAAGAUGAAACUUUUUAUAUAAUUUCGAGGCAAUCAUCAAAUCAU